AUGUGGAGAAUAGCAUUUAUCCUUAUCGGCGUACUCUUGUCGCUGGCAGAGUCCAGCUCGGUGAGCCUAAGUCGCGUCCAGUGCGAGAAGAACUCCAAGUUUUUCAGCAUCCUGAACGUGACGUCUGUGAACAGCACGAUCUCCGCGGACAUUGAGUUGCUCCAGGCCCUCAAGGCCGGCUUUCGAGGACAUGUCGAUGUGCAGCUGCGACUCAGCAAUGCGAAGAAGUUCCAGAGCCUGGUCCAAACCGACACCGACUACUGUGAGCUGCUCUCGACCCUCAAGGAUUCGCUCUUCCGGCGCUGGGUGAAGAGCGUGACCAAGAACAGCAACUUCAUGGAGAACUGCCCGGUGCCGGCGGGGCACUACUACCUCAAGGGUUGGCACAUCGACAUGGGUCUGGUGCCCUCCUAUCUGCUGAGUGGCGACUACCGCCUGAGGGCCCUGGUCUACUACGGCAAGUAUCGCACCAAGAAGCAGCUCUUUCUUGUCCAGUGCCUGGUGGAGGCAACAAUGCAUAACAAAUAG